AUGCUGGCAGGCAUGUUCUUCCGAGACAAAAGCAUGGGUCGACGAGCCAUUGCCUUGAGUGUAGCUGUGUUUGUACUGCUCCUGCUAGAGAUCGGCGCUGUGCUGUACUACAGCAGCGUGCAGAAGAAUUACAUGACGGCACUCCAGGAGAAGAAUAUUGAUGCUUUUUACCAUGGGCUUUGGAUGGUGGGGGCAGUGAUCGUCUUCAUCAGUCCUAUCAUCGCACUUCAUGAGUACACCUCUGGCAUGCUGAAGAUGACCUGGCGAGCCUCUUUAACCAGGCGAUUCGCUGGAUUGUAUCUCGCAGCCCCGGGUUACUGUGAGGGCAACCCUUUCUACCGACUGACGCUGACCGGGGAGAUCGACAACCCGGAUCAGCGCAUCUGCCAGGACGUGCAGGAAUUCGUUGGCAUUGCGGUUCACUUAGCGCAGGACAUUGUCAGGACUGACUGCAGUUGUGUGUCUUUGGCGAAGGGCUGUGAGACCACGGCUGUAUCGUACUACUCUGUACUGGACUUGUUUGUUGAAAGCAGGACGGUCCUGAACAUCGUCAGCUUCGCAGCCAUCCUGUACUCGAUUUCUCCUGCAGCCUGUUACGGGGUCCUGGUGUAUUCUAUCUCGGGCACCGUCAUUGCAACGAAGGGCUUCGGGCCAUGGUUGGGGUUCUACCAGCUUGCGCGGGUCAAGCAGGAAGCGGGCCUGCGCCGGGGGCUGAGAUAUGACUUGAUUCGUGUGCGGGAGAACGCCGAGUCUGUGGCUUUCUUCGAGGGCGGCGAGGCGGAGUGGUCCAAGUUUAACACGCUCUUCUCGAGCCUCCUUCAGACGGUGUAUAAGAGUGUCCUGGUCACUUCUGGCUUUGGGAUGUUCAAUCGCUCUUUCCACUGGGCCACCUUUGCUGUGGCACCUCUUCUCGUCGGCCCGGCCUAUCUGCGCGGCGAGGUGCAGUUUGGCGUCAUCUCCCAGGCCAGCAUGGCCUUCAACAUCAUCCUUGGUGCCAUGACACUCAUCAUGGACAAGCUGGAGUCGAUGACGGAUGUCGCGGUCCGUGUACGACGUCUGGAAGACCUGGAGCUCUCCCUACGGAAGUGCCAAAACGAGACCCAGAUGUCUCGCAAGGCAGGGCUGGCUGGUGUGGAGUGCAUAGCAAGUUCUGAGCCCAGCUCCACCGAUCCGGCCAUGCUCCGUUUCUGCGAGUUGACGCUUCGGACCCCACCUCGCGCAGGCAUUCUGCAACAGACGCUGUGCCAUAAUCUUUCCUUCGAGUUGGUCCGUGACCAAUCCUUGCUGAUUGUUGGCGAAAGUGGCAUCGGGAAGAGCUCCUUGCUGCGUGCCGCGGCUGGGCUUUGGACAGAUGGUCGCGGUACACUUCAGCUUUGCGAGCGGCGGAAGGUCUUCUUCAUGCCCCAGAAGCCGUACAUGUUUCUGGGGUCGCUCAGGGACCAGCUGUUGUACCCCCACGUAGACGAAAGCUUCGUCAAAGACUCUGAUUUGGAGAAGGCUCUCAAGCAGGUGAACCUUGGGCACCUGCUCGAGCAGCACAACCUGUCAGAGUCAAAGGAGUGGGCCAGCCUGCUGUCACUAGGACAGCAGCAGCGCAUCAACUUUGCACGAGUCUUGCUGCGCUCAGAUGCUCGAAUGGCGCUGAUAGAUGAGGGCACAUCUGCGUGCGAUCCGGCCAAUGAGGCUUUGUUGUACGAGCUGCUGGGUCAGCGUCUUUGCAGCUAUGUGUCCAUUGGAUCCUUGCCCAGCAAUGCAUCGUCACCAGAACGGACGGCGUCUGAGGCGGGGCAUCUUUCACCAUCUUCUGCUGGGUCUCCGGCGCACGCAUCCGUGGCCAGGAACGGAGGCGGCACAAGUGCGCAGGCCUUCUCGGCCGCGGCUGCAGACACGCUGUUGGUCCAGUCGAUCCCAAAAGGCGGACGCUUUUGGGCCUUCAUGGUGUGCAAUGACCCUAGUGUGCAGUAUGUCUCUGGCAAGAUCACCUCAACCUUGCGAGCGCCGUGGGCCGCAGCCCAGCUCGUGACUGAGCUCUCGGACUAG